UCACUGUGUGACAGGCAGAUGGACAAUGCGAGAAUGAGCGCCUCCUUCCUGGAGCACCCCAUCCUCAACGCAGGAGACUCGGGGACCUGCUCGGGCCGAGCCUACCACCCCGACCAUGGGAUCCCAACUUUCCAGUCGUGCGCGGUCAGUGCCAACAGCUGCGGGGGCGACGAGCGCUUCCUGGUGGGCAGGGGGGUGCAGAUGAGUCCCCCUCACGCCCAUCACCACUAUCCCCAGCCGGCCGCCUACCAGCACCUCAACAACCUGGGUAUGUCUUAUUCCCACUCCAGCUGUGGCCCGGGGUUCGCAUCGCAGAACUUCAGCGCAGGUUACAGCCCCUACUCAUUAAAUCAGGAAGCAGACGUAAGCGGCGGGUACCCCUCUUGCGCUCCCGCUGUUUACUCUGGAACUCUCUCAUCUCCCAUGGUCCAGCAUCACCACCACCACCAGGGUUAUGCCGGGGGCGCGGUGGGCUCGCCUCAGUACAUUCACCACUCAUAUGGACAAGAAGCGCAGAAUCUGACCCUGGCAAAUUAUAAUAACUCCUUGUCCCCUCUCCAUGCCAGCCACCAAGAAACCUGUCGCUCUCCUUCAGCAGAGACGUCACCUCCAGCACAGACCUUUGACUGGAUGAAAGUCAAAAGGAAUCCCCCCAAAACAGGGAAAGCUGGCGAGUACGGGUAUAUUGGCCAACCCAACACAGUGCGCACCAAUUUUACCACCAAGCAGCUUACUGAGCUGGAAAAGGAGUUCCAUUUCAACAAGUACCUGACCAGGGCCAGGAGGGUGGAGAUCGCGGCCUCGCUACAACUCAACGAGACCCAGGUGAAGAUCUGGUUUCAGAACCGCCGCAUGAAGCAGAAGAAGAGAGAGAAGGAGGGCCUGCUGCCCAUUUCGCCCACCACCCCGUCCCGGAACGAGGAGAAGGCGGAGGAAUCCUCAGACAAAUCUACCUCCUCGCCCUGCGUCCCCUCUUCCCCGGCCUCCUCUACCUCAGACACUCUGACUACCUCCAACUGAGUUUGCCCCCGGCCCCUUUCUCUCCCCCCGCCACUCCAGUGCAGAACUGCUAACCCGAAGCACAUUCUUAGCUUAUCUUUCCCUUCGUUUACAAUUGUCUCUCUUUCUUUUUGAUGUUAUCUUCAGGUCUUCUUCGGGCUAGGUCACUGUUUCAAGAGAAUUUUGGCCCAGAGACUCAGAGGCUGGGUGGGAGUAACUUCACUAAUGGUGGGGUGCCACCAUCUGGUCUUCUGAUGGCCUCUGAGCCCCCCUCCCACUUCUAUGAUUGAUUCAGAUCUCCUUUGGAAAAGCUCCAUCAGUUCCUCCUCCCCAGGCUCGCAGAGCGGGCCAUCUCUAUCGCCUAACUUCAAAUUAUUUUUUUCCUCCUCUUCCUCCUCCUCCUCAUCUCCCGGACACUCAAGGCAGGCAAAAGAGAAUCGAAGACCUCAAGAAGAGGAUGCACUAUGAAAGUGUUUACACAAUUCAUCUUUUUAAUUUAAUGCAUUCAGUUUCUUGUGUAAGAGUUUGCUGGUUGUAAAUACUUUAAGAGAUUUAUCUUUAUACAGAUUUUCUAGAAAUGAUGUUUAGUUUAGGAGAUUAAAACAGGGUGGACACACUCCCAAAGCUGGGUGUAAUUUUAUACAGGACUAAAAGUGAGAAAAAUAAAGAAAUCAGACUGGACUGGUGAAGCCCAAUCAGAUAAUUCACAGGGAAGUCUCUCUGUGUCUUUGGAAGAGAUAAGGAGGCCUGGUCCGUGCUGGAUUUAUUUUUAUUUGUAUUUUUGGUAAACCUGGCUGGGUGUGCAGUAUCUCUCUUCUCCAGCAUUCCUCUGGCCUCUGCCCUGUUCAAAAAUUGUGCUGGAUUGUUCCUGAACCUUAGGGCAUAUUCUCUCCCAACAUCUUAUUUCCACAGUAAUCUUUCCCUAGAUUUGAUGUAUCUCCAACCCAAUCGUAAAUGUGAUGAAUGGCGAAAUGAAUGUAUAUUUCAUGUGAUUCGUGAAUAGACUUUCUGCAUGGUGCACAAUGGUUUGAGCCCCCAAAGAUACUACACUGAGUUCUAUCAGUUGUCCUUUGUGGUCCCACAAUGUUUCUGAGUCUCUGUACAAUCAUGAAAAGUUCUGCGAUUCCAAGAGUAUGGAAUCCAGAGCAGAAUUUACGGGUCCUAAAAUAUCUGUAAUAAAAAUA